AUGAACAGCUGGAAGGGCUGGCCCAGCUCCAGCUUCGAGCCUCCCAGAGAGAGAAGGCACGUGCGGAUCGAAGAGUUUGUGGCACGAGCCAUUGCCGCACUUGAUGCCGCACUGGCUAACAUUCCAAAUUCGAACAUUCUACUGGAGCGUUGGAGGCGACGGUGGGAGCGUCUCCGCCUUCGCCAGUUACGUCGGGUAGACGAGGAACAAGCAGAAGACGAGCAGUUGGAGCGCGAGCUGUGGGAACAGAUCACUUGA